UGAUUUCAGUGGAAGCGCAGGCGGAGGAGCGACGAAGAGGAGCGGAGCAGAGCUGGAGCUGGAGGAACGCCUCCAAACAGCUUCUCCUCUUAUUAUUCACCUCUUCUCCACCGCAUACAACCAGACCCAAGGACCAGUCCGCGUAUUAGCCAGAGAGCGGCUCUUCUUGCGACCUAUUUGCUCGGAGAUAACCAAAGGAGUCCCCCAUCCACUCCGCGCGAGCGCAUUCGGCUUUGCAUCGUGGCUCUCUCACGAGUGGCAUGCUCGAGCGACCCGUCGGGCACGACUGAAGUCCUUCUUUCACCCAAAGAGGAUUCAAUGAAAAUGUCAGUGUGUGUCCAUGAGAACCGGAAAUCCCGAGCCAGCACCGGCUCCAUGAACAUCUACCUUUUCCACAAAUCCUCCUAUGCCGACAGUGUCCUCAUGCACCUCAACUCUCUACGGCAGCAGAGGCUCUUUACAGACGUCCUCCUCCACGCGGGCAGCCGUUCCUUCCCCUGCCACCGCGCUGUGCUGGCCGCAUGCAGCCGCUACUUCGAGGCCAUGUUCAGUGGCGGUCUGAGGGAGAGCCAGGCCAGUGAGGUCGACUUCCGAGACUCGAUCCACCCGGAGGUUUUAGAGCUGCUGCUCGACUACGCAUACUCAUCACGGGUGGUGAUCAACGAGGAGAAUGCAGAGUCGCUGCUGGAGGCUGGGGACAUGUUGGAGUUUCAGGACAUCCGUGAUGCCUGCGCCGAAUUCCUGGAGAGAAACCUUCAUCCGUCCAACUGUCUUGGCAUGCUGUUGCUGUCUGACGCCCACCAGUGUACGAAGCUGUCAGAGCUCUCCUGGGGCAUGUGUCUAAGCAACUUCCCUGCCAUUUGCAAGACAGAGGACUUUCUCCAAUUGCCCAAAGAUAUGGUAGUGCAGCUUUUGUCACACGAGGAGCUGGAGACAGAAGAUGAGAGACUGGUUUAUGAAGCUGCCCUUAAUUGGAUUAACUAUGACCUAGAAAAGAGGCACUGCUACCUCCCAGAACUUCUGAGAACGGUUCGUCUCGCCUUACUGCCUGCCAUCUUUCUAAUGGAGAAUGUUUCAACAGAAGAGCUGAUUAAUGAUCAGGCCAAAAGCAAAGAACUGGUUGAUGAAGCUAUUCGUUGCAAGCUGAAGAUCCUCCAGAAUGAUGGCGUGGUCAACAGCCCGUGUGCUCGACCUAGAAAAACCAGCCAUGCCCUUUUCCUGCUUGGCGGACAGACAUUCAUGUGUGACAAAUUGUACCUGGUAGACCAGAAAGCCAAAGAGAUAAUCCCGAAGGCCGACAUCCCCAGUCCCAGGAAGGAGUUCAGCGCCUGUGCCAUUGGCUGUAAGGUGUACAUCACAGGCGGGAGAGGAUCAGAGAACGGCGUUUCCAAAGACGUAUGGGUCUACGACACUGUGCACGAGGAAUGGUCCAAAGCAGCACCUAUGCUCAUUGCCAGGUUUGGCCAUGGCUCCGCGGAGCUGAAACACUGCCUAUAUGUUGUCGGAGGACACACCGCGGCGACGGGCUGUCUCCCGGCCUCGCCGUCCGUGUCGCUCAAACAAGUGGAACAGUUUGACCCAGUGGCAAACAAGUGGACCAUGGUGGCACCUCUCAGAGAGGGUGUGAGCAACGCGGCAGUGGUCAGCGUGAAACUCAAGUUGUUUGCCUUCGGCGGAACCAGCGUCACCCACGACAAACUGCCCAAGGUGCAGUGCUACGAUCCGCAGGAAAACCGAUGGACUGUCCCGGCAUCCUGCCCGCAGCCGUGGCGUUACACCGCCGCUGCCGUGCUGGGGAACCAAAUAUUUGUCAUGGGCGGGGACACCGAAUUCUCAGCCUGCUCGGCUUACAAGUUCAGCAGCGAGAACUACCAGUGGACUAAAGUGGGGGACGUGACGGCCAAGCGGAUGAGCUGCCAGGCUGUGGCAUCGGGAAACAAACUGUACGUGGUGGGCGGGUACUUUGGUACACAGCGGUGUAAAACUCUGGACUGCUACGACCCCACACUCGAUGCAUGGAACAGCAUCACAACAGUUCCAUACUCGCUCAUCCCUACUGCCUUUGUCAGCACCUGGAAACAUCUACCAGCUUGAAUCCUGAACCGUUGACCUGUACCUUCUCCAUUAGAUCUCCCCGGUUUCGCGUCAUCUGCCAGUCUCCUAACCACGAAGAAGCACACAUUCUCUUUCUCCAAAAAAGAGACGCCAAGCAGCGAUGUACAGAUGCCCCGCAUUCAUCUUGGUGUUGCAAAAAAUGUAAAAACAAAACAAACAAAAAAAACAGAGAAAGAAG